UUCGGAUCGAAAUUGAAAACGCCUCCGCCUCUUUACCCGGCGUUCAGGAUUUUUAGGGCUAGUACUCGGAGAUUGCUCUUGAAGCCAAAAAAUGGAGAUGCAAUCAUCAUCAUCGCAUCAUGAAGCUCCCGACACUUCCUCCGUCCCUCCUCCUCCUCCUCCCAGUGACGGUGCUCCUCUCCAGGAUCACGCCUUACUCCCCCAAAGCAUCGAGCAUCCAGUGGCUGUGCAGGAAGCAGAAAUGUCUGAGGAAGAAGUAAAGGGUACAUUAGAAGCGGUAGCAUCAACGGGAAAGUUCUGGCAGGACUGGGAGAAACUGAAGGGAAUGCUGUCGUGGUGGUUGAAGAAGGUUCUGUCAGAAUACCCUGAAGCAAAGAUAACGGACGAACAACAAAAGGAAGCGCUAGGAGAAACGUAUUCACAGCUCGUUAAUCGAUUGGAUGAAGCCCUUCUUAAUUUCGACGAAGGUCCUCCAUUUACUCUGCAGAGACUCUGUGAGAUCCUUUUGGCUGCAAGGAGUAUCUACCCAAAGCUCUCAAAGCUCGCUCUUGCUUUAGAAAAGAAUCUGUUGGUUACUUCUAUGUUAUCCAUCAGCACGGACCCACAAUUAGAAACCACUGAGAAUACAAACGCAGCAACGGAAGACACAGGAACGGCUGCAGCAAAUUGGGCACAAAAUGGAAUUGAAGCAGUGGGAGGGGACAAGGACGAGAUAAUGACAGAGGUAGAAGAAGCAGAUGUUGAUGACGCAAUGACUAUUGACAUGGAAACUAUCGAUGAACCAUCAGAGACAACGACGACGACGGCUAGUGAGAGUGAGAAGCCAAGUGAAACCAAUGCUGCAGAACCAUCAUUGGAUUCAAUGGCUGCUGAGGAGGGAGAUUCACGGUUGCCUUGAACCUGUAUGCUUCGAGAGACGAGAGUGAACAUGAUGAGCUUUGAAAACUGACCUCGAAUAUAAUGUUUGUUCUAAGAGGAGACAUUCUUGGAUCAUCUUUCACUGUAUUAGUUUUAUGAAGGUUUCUGUUGUUUGUGUGUGUAGAUUUUUGGAUCAUAAGGUUGAUCGAUUCUCAAAUUCAAAGACGAAAAAUAUUUUAAAAUGAAA